GAAUAUAUACAGUGCACGGUACAUGAGGUCAGGACUUCACAUGGUAGAGUUACUUCCCCUGAUGGGAAAAUCGCCAUUUGUAACAUAUUUUUACAAGACACAACAUCACAAGUGAAGUGGCACAAUAAACUUUAAUUGAUAGACUGUGUUCAUUGUGAAUAAUAAAAAACACAAAUAGAACAAGUUCUUAUUGAUGAACACAGUCCAGUCAAGAUGCCUGUCGUUGAAUGCCCAUUUCCUGGAUGCGAUUACAAAACCGCUGAGCUGGACGCUGUGAUAGUUGCUGCCUUACUCAACACACACUCGAUGACACACACGCCCGCAGUGGCGGCAUCAGCUAAAGUGGAAAAGGUGAAACGUCCAACUAUCAAAGCAGCUGGCACAAACGAGGACUGGUUGUACUUCGAAAAACGAUGGGACGAUUACAAAAAAGCCACUCAAGUUAAAGGCAGUGACUUAAUACUACAGCUUCUAGAAUGUUGUGAAGAAACGCUUAGGAAAGACCUCACAAGGGCUACUGGUGGAAACCUGACUGGCAAACCUGAAAAUGAAGUGUUAUCUGCUAUUAGGAAACUCGCAGUCAGGGAAGAGAAUGCUAUGGUCGCUAGACAUAAGUUACAUGCAAUGAAACAAGAUCGUGAGGAGACAAUACGCAAUUUUGGAGCUCGUGUGAAGGGCCAAGCAAACAUUUGCUGUUUAUCACUUAAAUGACCUAACUGCAGUGCCAAUGUGGACUUCUCCGAUGAGGUUAUGCGCGAUAUUGUGACAAGGGGCAUCGCAGACCCUGAGAUUCAGUUGGAGUUGCUUGGUGAUAAAAACCAGAAAAUGACACUUGAGGAGAUAUUCCAAUUUGUGGAGGUCAAGGAAGCCGGUAAAGGUCAGCUUCCUCC